CUUUUGUGUACAGUUUGCAAGAAUGGCUCUUCGCGCAAAGAUCUUGAGGCUCAGUUUGACUGCGAAUCGUAAUUUACUCAAAACAAGUGUUGUCUGCAACAAGCGGCAGUUGUCAGAAAAAGCCUCCUCCAAUCCGAAAGCAUCAGUUUCGGCCGAAAAUAUCGACCAUAUUCUCUACACAGAGGAACAUUUUGCAUUAAAGGCGUCUUUGAGAAAGAUUAUCGAUCAAGAGAUCAACCCCCAUGUAGACAAAUGGGAGGAAGAAGGACUGUUUCCUGCUCAUAAGAUCUUCAAAAUUCUGGGCAGUGCAGGAUUCCUGGGAGUCAACAAACCUGUGGAGUAUGGAGGUCUGGGGCUGGACUUCAGCUAUAGUUUGGCUGUUGCUGAAGAACUGGGGAACAUCAACUGUGGAGGGAUUCCCAUGGCCAUCGGCGUCCAGAGCGACAUGGCUACACCUGCACUGGCCAGGUUUGGAUCUGCAGAGCUCAAGAAAGAGUUUCUGCAGCCCACCAUAAUGGGAGACGUGGUGGUCUGCCUCGGGGUGAGCGAAACCGGCGCCGGAUCUGAUGUAGCCAGCAUCAAGACUAAAGCUGUCCGCAAAGGAGAUGAAUAUGUGAUUAACGGAGGGAAGAUGUGGACCACGAACGGCACUCAAGCAGACUGGAUGUGCCUGCUGGCCAACACCAGCGACGGCCCUCCACACAAGAACAAAUCCCUGAUCUGCCUGCCCAUGAAACUGCCCGGUGUUCACAUUGCUCGCAAGAUCAAUAAAAUCGGCAUGCACUCAUCGGACACAGCAGAGGUGUUUUUCGAUGAUGUUCGUGUGCCCUGCUCAAACGUGAUUGGUCAGGAGGGAAUGGGCUUCACCUAUCAGAUGCUGCAGUUUCAGGAAGAGCGACUCUGGGGGGUCGCAAACAUUUUGACGGUGAUGGAGAAAGUUGUCCAGGAGACUAUUCAGUACACCAGACAGAGGAAGAUCUUCAAUCAGCCCAUUUUACACAAUCAGGUGGUUCACUUUAGGCUGGCUGAGCUGCAGAUGGAGAUUGAGCUCCUGCGCUCUCUUCUACAUCGCGCCACGGCUCUGUACAUUAAGGGAAAUGAUGUGACGAAGUUGGCAUCGAUGGCCAAGCUGAAGGCAGGGCGACUGGCACGUGAGCUGGCUGACAGCUGCCUGCAGUACUGGGGUGGCAUGGGAUACACCAGUGACGUCCUUGUCAGCAGGUUCUACAGGGACUCCAGAUUAAUGUCCAUUGGUGCAGGAGCUGAUGAAGUGAUGCUGUCAAUCAUAUGCAAGUACAUGGACACUCUACCCAGGAAGUGAUGUCAAUGAAAUAAAUUCAGUUCAACUGAAACAAAGUGCACUUAAAAGAAGAAUCCAACACCAAUUGUAAUGAUAUCUAGCUGUACUGUAUGAAUUAGAUAUAUCAGCUGAAAAAAAAUGAAGAUAGAUGAAUUGCAGUAAACAAAUUGGUGCCUUAAUAAAGACUGGGAUGAUGAAAACCUUCUAAGGUACAUGUAACAUAUGUAAAUUCUGAUUAUAGUUGUACACAGUGUCUAACAUGCAUAAAAAAAUAAAGAUUUCCUAAUUCUUGAAAA